UAAGUUCGUCUGCAAGAUAUUCCCUAUCCACGCAAACGUGACGUCAUCGGUCGCUUAUUUUUAGACAUUUCUUGGGAAUCUCGCACAAAUCUCGCGAGAAGCCCGGAUGUCGUCUGCUCCUCCAACAUCUUCAAUUCUAAAUAUGUCCAAAGAGAAGAAGGAGUGUUGAAACAACAUCAGAGUGGAUACACAAACUGGGAUAAAACUUUCUAAUACUUUUUUUUUAAUUUAUUUAUCGAUCGAUAAUGAAGUAUUGAUGGGUUAACACGUUUGAAAUCCGAAAGUUUGGAAAAUUUAAAAAAAAAAAAAAAGGCUUAACAUUCAGAUGGGAAUCCGUACAAAUGAAGUAACUAGCGAAGGUCCAGGAAUGCAUCAGAAUAAAAUCCUGGCGUCAAGUUCUACUAGCAGAUUAGUUAGCAUACCUAAACGUCUUUGGAAGAGUCGAGCUAAAUCUCAAUCAAGAAUUGCUGCAAGUAACAUUUGUUCCUGGACACCCGAGGGAAAUUGCAGCUGGAAAACUACGACUGGUCAUCAAGUAAAAUUGACAUCGACUAACGUCUUAACUUUAACAGAAAUCGAAAGAUUGGCCUUACAGCAAGUUUCUCUAAAUAAAUUAAAAUCUUUAAAUCUCGGUUUUAAGAUUGAAGUACCGAAAGAGGAAUCUAUUUCUCAUCACAAAACAAAACGAAGGCCUAAGUUACUUACUAAGAAAUCAAUUACUACAAGCUUUUUUGAAGGAAAAGAAAAAAAAGAGAAAGGUAAGCAAUGUAUUUCAAAACGUAUAUUAUGUGCAGGAACGUAUGAUACAUUUACACACUUGUACAAAAAUUUAUCAAAAUAAAUAUUGUAUUGUUUUAGAAUGGGUAACGAAAUUAACAGUACUCAAUAAAACAAAACGUUUUAUUAUUUUUCAAACUUCGACAAUUUAAGUCUGUCUAUUAGACA